CACCUUCGUGGGUCGCGCCGGAUAAGGUGGGCUUUGGGCGGGGUGCUGCUGCGGCGGCGCUUCUUGGUGGUCAGGGCCCCAUGGCGCUGUCCUGGCUGCAGCGCGUCGAGCUUGCGCUCUUUGCUGCCGCCUUCCUGUGCGGGGCCGUGGCGGCCGCGGCGAUGACUCGGACCCAGGGCUCCUUCAGUGGUAGAUGUCCCCUGUAUGGUGUGGCCACCCUGAAUGGCUCCUCCCUGGCCUUAUCCCGUCCCUCAGCACCAUCCCUGUGCUACUUUGUAGCUGGGGCCUCUGGCCUCUUGGCCCUCUACUGCCUCCUGCUUUUGCUCUUCUGGAUCUACAGCAGCUGCAUCGAGGACUCCCACAGAGGUGCUAUAGGGCUGCGCAUUGCACUGGCCAUCUCAGCUAUAGCCGUCUUCCUGGUCUUGGUGUCUGCCUGUAUCCUUCGAUUUGGCACCAGGUCUCUCUGCAACUCCAUCAUCUCCUUGAACACUACAAUUAGCUGUUCUGAAGCCCAGAAAAUUCCAUGGACACCCCCUGGAACUGCUCUGCAGUUUUACUCCAACCUACACAAUGCUGAAACCUCUUCUUGGGUGAAUUUGGUAUUGUGGUGUGUGGUCUUGGUGCUCCAGGUCGUGCAGUGGAAGUCUGAAGCCACCCCAUACCGGCCUCUGGAGAGGGGUGACCCUGAGUGGAGCUCUGAGACAGAUGCUCUCGUUGGGUCACGCCUUUCCCAUUCCUGAAGAAUAAGCAGAGUGCUUCCUGCAGCCGAAGACUCCAUGCCCAAGUGCCUGUAAUCCCCCCCCACAAGGCCCUGUUUAUGUUGGGAGUCUUAGUUUUCCUUUCGGCAGGGGGUAGGGGGGGAAACAUAAUGACAGGCCCCCCUCCACCUCUUCCUACAGCUGUUUUUGUACCAAAAUAUUAUAUUACUGUCUUCAUCUUA